GUAGGCUGUUUGUUCUUAAUUGUAUCAUCUGUUACAGUGGGCUGAUAUGGAUCGAUGCAUGUUGCAUAUAAUAUGUAGAUUCCAAAAUGUAUCAGAGUUUGUAUUGGGUUACAUUUAAAAUAAUUUUAAAGUAAGGGCGGAAUUCGUGCCGAUCACCGGUUCUGGCUAGAAGCGGAUUGUUUUAUCAAAUAUGAUGAGAGCUUAUCAGACUUUGUUUCGGGUUACAUCUAUGAGUGUUAUUAAGACGGCCUCGCUCACGUAAAAAGAGGACACGUUUAAUACAGAAUUAUCUAACUUAUAAUAUGGAUAUAGACAGAGUUUAAAACAUAAUUACCUCUGAUACCAAAGUAGACGGUGUUGCAUGUGUCAAGCGAAAUAAUUGUUAGCGGAAAUAAUUUUAAUUCCAGGACUUAACAUUGCGAAUGAUCGUUUUCAAGAUUAUUUUUCAAUUCGUUUCUCCAUACAAUUUCUGGAUCAUUUGCCUGAUAACGAUUCGAUAGUAGAAUUUUUUACAGUAUACCAUCGUCACAUAAAAUAACAGUGCAUAAUAAACAAACCAAUUUGUUGUUUGAUUAAUGACGGUGUUUAACCCCAAAAUGAUAAUCAUUAUAUUGAGUUACAACUAGGAUCACUGGGCCCGUAUAAACGAACGUCUGAGACUCAAAACUCAAAAUUCAUAUUUGAAUGUUGUUGUUAAGUCGCUCUUACAAGAGCUUUAUUGGUAAAAAUAACCUGAUAUAGUAACAGGCACGUACCUUUUUUACAUACUUGUUAUAUUGAAAAUGAUUUGAAAAUAACACACAAAAAACGUAGGCAUCAGUCAUAACUAAGAAUGGGCCGGUGCACGUCGGUGGUGAGAUUCGUGUGCCGAUUAUGUCAUGUCGCCGAUAGACGGUUACUUCCUGUAUCUGGCUUCCCGCCUCGACAAACUACGACGGGGAGAAAAUACCGAGACCGGAAACUGGCUGCAGGAGCUGAAGACCUGGAGUCUGUGGAGAGCCGUACUGGCUGAGUUCCUCGCAACGCUGCUGUUCGUGUUUAUAGGAACCAUGUCAGCCGUAGACAUAGUCCCUAUAACAGACUCAGCUGGGAAGUUCAUCAGGAUCGGCUUGACAUUUGGUCUUAUGAUUGCCGUAUGUAUCCAAAUGUUUGGUCACGUGUCUGGAGGUCACAUGAAUCCAGCCGUCUCCUUAGCAAUGGCUGUUUCUAUGGAUAUUAGCCCAGCACGUGCAUUGCUUUACACGGUGGCCCAGUGUUGUGGUGGAAUGCUUGGUUCUCUUCUGUUAAAAAGUGUGACCCCUGGUGAGUUGAACGACAACCUUGGACUGACCACAAUAAAUCCUGACCUUAAUGGUGUCCAGGCCGUCGUGUGUGAGCUUGUGUUCACCUUUAUUCUGGUCAUGUCCAUAUUCGGAUGCACAGACCCAAACAGAGCCUUGUUAGGAAGCCCAGCCCUUGGUAUUGGGCUCACUGUGUCUGUCCUUCACUUCGCCUCUAUUCCGUUUACCGGAGCAAGCAUGAACCCCGCCAGAUCCCUCGCAUCCUCGGUCGUCUCAAAUAAUUUCGACUUGCAUUGGGUUUACUGGGUGGGCCCAGUGGUGGGUGGUGUGACCGCGGCGGCGGCAAACAAGUACCUUUUCUCUCCCUACCGUCAUACAUUAUCCUUCCCGGAGAUCGCCGAAAAACUCAUGGAAUCCAACGAUGUGAUCGUAGUACCCAAGAACCACUUUGAUGAGAAAGGCAAAGUUAUUGUCGAAUCUUACAAAUUCUGAGAACGCUGUUUUAAUUGCAAAGACCCAGACAUUUGAAAACAUGAACGACUGCGUACACUAUAUGCCAUUUUCUGUAUCUGAGAUUGUCUAAUUAUCCAUGUAUUAAAAUGCUGGACCAAUUGUGUAUUCUAUUAUACCUCAUAUUAUUAAAUGCUUGGCAUAUUUUUGUUGUUUGCUUUGGUCGAGAACCUAUCACGUGACAAAACAAACUCCGCGUGUGCUUACACACACACUGUUGAUAAUGGCACGAACACACCGAUAACAGGUUCAUGAUAUCGGGGGCUUCGUCUCGGUAAAAAUCACCUUAGAGUAUCUUAAAAUGGAAAUUACAAGUCAAUAAUUGUAUAUAAGUAUGUUUAGGAUUAUUCAUAUAAUGUUUCUUAAAUUAAUAUAUCCUGAACUGUGUCAUUUGUAUUUGAAAUGCACUGCGAGUUAAUGAGGCUUUGUUUUAUACUGCUGAUAUGUACAAUUGUGUAUGUCAAUAAAUGAAAGAUGUGUU